GAGAUGUUUUGGGUAGAAUCCAAGAAUAAAUUGAGAGAGCUUAAGUUCAAAGUAGAAGAUAUAUCGUACUAAUAUAGGGAUAGAUAAUAUCCAGUUUAACAACAUAUAUAUAAUAAAUAAUAUACAUUAAUUCAAAUAUGAAAGCCAGGAGGAGGAAAACGAUAUAAUAAUAUAUACAUGAUCUCGUCAUGAACAGCUAGCCAAAUAUAUAUCCUAUAUAUAGGGUAUGAUAGCCAUUGAUUUAUUAUUUCAAAGUAGCUACAUAAUAUCAAUAAUUAGCUUUAUAAUAUAUCUAUAUAGAAAUAUAUCACAUCUUAUCAAAGACAUACAGUAGUAAUAUUAUUUGAAAGAGAUAUUAUAAUAUGACGUCUUCCUCUUCUUCUGACCUCUUUGGAACGCUAGAGACUAAUGUAGAAAUCAAAGCUGAAGCACAGAAAUUCCACCACAUUUUUAAGCACACUCCUCAUCAUGUUUCUAAUGUCUCUCAAAACAUAAUACAUGGUUGUGAAUUACAUGAAGGUGAAUGGGGUACGGAGGGAUCUACCAUUUCUUGGACUUACUUCCAUGAUGGGGAGAAGAAAGUAGCUAAACAAAUAAUAGAAGCAAUAGAUGAUGAGAAGAAUUCGAUCACUUUCAAAGUGAUUGAAGGUGAUCUAUUGGAACAUUUCAAGAGCUUCAAAGCAACACUAAAAGUGACUCCUAAAGGUGAUGGAAGCGUUGUCCAUUGGUUUUUAGAAUAUGAGAAGCUCCAUGAUGAAAUUAUAGACCCACAUACAUUGCUUCAGCUUGCAAUUGAUUUGUCCAAAGAUCUUGAAUCUCACCUUCUUCAGGCAUAAAAAAUAUUAAAUAAUAAUCUUUAAUUAAUAUGUGUGUAAUAAUAUAAAUAUAUAUACCCAUAUAUAUAUAUUAUAUGAGCUUGGUUUGUAAUAAUUAAUACUCAAUAUUCAUGAUGAGAGUAAAGAUUGUAAUAAUAAGUACGUAGCCUAGCCAGUUUCGUACGUGUAUACAGUGAGAUUUUUAGUUUUUAUGAUUGUACUGAACGUGUGUAUUUUUGAAUUUUAUAAUUAAUU